ACUGUUGCCAGCUGAUCCAGUAACACUUGGUUACUAUGUAGUGGCUCAUUCAAGCCUACCCAUUCAUCCUGGUUUUUUGUCAUCAACUUGCUUUUAUAUUUGUGAUUAAUCUGAAUAAUUUAGAUUAAUAAUACAUUAAAUUAUUUGUCAAUUGAAAUAUGAUCAAAUUAUUCACACAAUAAGUAUCGACUAAUCCGUCUUCAAUUUUCACAAUAUCCUCUAUUUUGACUGGGCAUUUGCUGUUGAAAAGGGAUUUUUUAUGGUUGGCUUAUGCGUUAAGCUAAUUACAACUUGUGAAUUCAUUUUUAUGACUACCUCAGCUUCUGUCUACUCAUUACCGUUCCAUAAUCUAGAAUUAAAUUCAGCUUUGUUAAAUAAUUAUGGCAUCAUCAGAUACUAAUCUUGAAAUCAAUCACAACGUGUUUUGGUUUGUUACUUUUUGGGGGAUCUUUACCACGCUUAUGCCAAAUUUUGUAAAAUUGGUCAUGUGGAUCUUCUUUAGAGACUCUUUGAUGGAGAAAAAUUUAAGGAAACAAGUAACUGAUUUGAAAACUGAACUGGGUACAAUAAAUAUGACUCAAGAAUUUGUAAAAUAUGCCAAAAUUCAACGUAAAAUAAAUAAAAUGACCGAGGAGCUCAAAAGCAGAGCAAAUACGAAAACAAUGCUCAAACUCAAGGUACAAGUUAUUGUCUAUGGUGUUUGCUAUGUGGCCAUGGGCUUGAUUACUACGUACUUAAUCUGGUCGUAUCGAUAUACUCCAUUAGCAAAAAUCGAUUCCAAUCUUAUGUUUCCUAUCGGAGCAAUCCUUUCUUUUCCUACGGGUGUUGAAGGGGCAAUUGGUAUUACAUGUUGGUUUUCUAUGGUGACUUAUUCUAGUCGCAAGGUAAAGCGAAUGGUAACAACGUCAUAAAACAAUGGUUACUUUGGAAAUUAGCUCCUUGAGUUCAAUUCUGGUGGAUUCAUUUGCAGCUCAAUAGGAUCCAUUUGAUCAAUAUUUUUAUCUCGCCAUGGCAAUUUUUUUACAUAAAAAGGCUUGUUUUUGUACAGACCCAUACGACUAGCUCAAAUAAAAUGGAUAAAAUUCAUAAAUUU